AUGGAAGGGAAAGCUAAAAGAUAUAAAUUGUGGCUUGAAGACGAUGAAAAAAACGUACCUCGCUCAACUCUUCAAGUUUAUAAACAAAGAGAUCUAGACAUUGUUGCAGCUGAUAAUUGUGAGCCGAUGGUUGAUUCCGACACAGAAGAUGAGCAUGGUUCACUGAAAGUUUAUGCUGUGCUUGCAACAAAGUUUAAAAAAAUUAUUAAUGAUGAAGAGAAAGUUGAACCCAAGUAUUUUAAUGUGAGAAGUAAUAUAAUUUUUCCAACAACUGUUUUAAUUGAAUGGUAUAACAAAAAUGCUAAAGAGCAUAUAUUAAAACAAGUGGGGGAGUUUGAAGAGAAGGAAUCACAAUGGACACUUCAUUCAAUUACAAAAUUAGAAGUCAACGUUAACAAAUAUAAUGCAAUACGAGUUGGGUCCUACAUUGAUUUACCUAUCGAAAUCAAAGCAAAGCGUGCAUGUAUAAAUGUUAAAAAUAUGGAUACAAUUGUUUUAACUGUACAACACAGUCUCAUUACACUUGACUUUAGAAAAAAGAAACAUAUCUGUGAUCGAUGUCUUCAUUACUUUGUCACGGAGGAGAGAUUAGCCAGACAUGAGGAGGAGUGCAAGACGUUAAAUGAGUGUAAAAUAAACCUUCCCAAACCAGGACAGAAUUUUAUUCAGUUUAAAAAUUAUGGAAACAGAGAAAAAGUUCCAUUUGUAAUCUACGCUGACUGUGAGUGUUUGUUGAAUCCUGUCGAAGAUGAAGAAACCACUUGUAAUACUGAAGUGAUUCAACGUCAUGAAAUGUUCAGUACUGGAUAUUAUUCAAAUUGCAGUUAUGAUGAUUCGUUAUCCAAAUACAAUUCGUGUCCAGAUGGAACAGAUGCUGCCAAGUGGUUCGUCCAGGAGUUGAAACAGUUGGCUGAAACUCUGGAUAAUAUUUUUAAAAACCCUAUUCCAAUGGAUAGAUUGACACAUGACGAGAUUAAAGCUUUUGUUGAUGCUCAAAUAUGUCAUAUUUGUGAAGGGUCAUUUUUACCACGUGAGAAGAAAGUUCGAGACCAUUCCCACUUAACUGGUAAAUAUCGAGGUGCAGCUCAUGAAAAAUGUAAUUUAAAUUAUCAAGAUUCACGAGUAGUACCAGUUGUAUUUCACAAUUUGAGUGGGUAUGAUGCUCAUUUUAUAAUUAGAGUCAUUUGUUUAGAAUUUUCGGGAAAGAUUGAACUUUUACCACUGAAUAAAGAAAAAUAUAUUUCUUUUACUAAAUAUGUAAAAGAAACGAAAAUCAAAUUUCGAUUUAUAGACUCAUUUAAAUUCAUGGCAUCGUCUUUGGAGAAAUUGGCAUCAUCCUUAUCCGAGUAUAAAAUUGUGAAUCAAGUAUUUUCAAACUUCACCUCUGAAGAAAUUGAAUUACUUACACGAAAAGGGGUUUUACCGUAUGAAUAUUUGGAUUCUCGUCAAAGAUUAGAAGAAACAAACUUACCUGCUAAAGAAAAAUUUUGUAGUACAUUGAAUGAUAGUACGGUUUCUGAUGAAGAUUACUUACAUGCCCAACGUAUUUGGUCUACAUUUAAUUGUUCUGAUCUCUGUGAAUAUGUUGAUUUAUACAUGAAAACAGAUGUUUUACUAUUAGCCGACAUCUUAAAAAAUUUUAGACAUCAGUGCUUACAAGCUUAUAGACUUGACCCUGCUCAUUACUAUACUACACCGAGAUUAACUUGGGACGCGAUGUUGAAAUAUACUAAUGUAAGGUUAGAAUUGUUGACAGACAUUGACAAACUAAUGUUUUUUGAACGUGGUGUGAGAGGAGGUAUAAGUCAAUGUAGCAAUCGCUAUGCUUGUGCUAAUAAUCCGUUUAUGGAAAAUUUUAAUAAAAAUGAGGAGGUCAAGUACAUUAUGUAUUUUGAUGCAAACAAUCUUUACGGUUGGAAUGAUUCACCUUUUGGCUACAUUUUAGAAGUAGAUUUAGAUUAUCCAAUAGAAUUGCACAACAGUCACAGUGAUUUUCCAUUCUGCUCAGAACACUCAAAUCCACCAUCGGAAUCAAAACAAGCAAAGCUUUUAACUACACUGAAUCCUAAGCGCAAGUACAUUAUCGAUUAUAGAGUAUUAAAACAAGUUCUUGCUAAUGGACUCAAAAGUAAAGCGACAAAUGAAUAUGAAAAGAAUCUGUUUAAACUCAUGAAUAAUGCCGUUUAUGGAAAAACCAUGGAAAAUGUACGCAAACACGUCGAUGUAAAACUUGUAACUAAGUGGGAGGGUCGCUAUGGAGCUGAGGCUCUGAUAUCUAAAACAAAUUUCCACAGUCGGUCAAUUUUCUGUGAAAACCUUGUUGCAAUUGAACUGAGAAAAACCGCAAUUUUGAUAAGCAAGCCAAUUUACAUUGGUUUUGCAGUACUCGAUGUAUCUAAGUCACUUAUUUAUGACUUUCAUUAUGAUUACAUGUUAAAAAAGUAUGGUGAAUCUUAUAUGAAGGAGGAUAUUCAUAAGUUUGAUACGUCGGAUUAUCCAAAGGAUAAUAUUUAUAAUAUUCCUCAAGCCAACAACAAAGUACUUGGACUUAUGAAAGAUGAAUGUAGUGGAAAAAUAAUCACAGAAUUUGUUGGUUUAAGGAGUAAGAUGUACAGUAUUCGUGUAAAUGGUCAGGAUUUUACAAAGAAAGCUAAGCGAGUUAGAUCGACAAGAACUCAACAUGUAAUUCGAUCACGACUUAAUAACGUUGAAACUGUUAAAAAACUUAAAGUUGCUUUAAGUCCAAUGGACGACAAGCGAUAUUUAUUACCAGAUAGCUAUGAUACUCUUGCUUGGGGACAUUAUAGAAUAGAGGAAAGAGAUUAA